UCCUGUUCGUAUCAUGAUGACAAUGUUGGGGUAAGAUUGCCAAGCCCUAUUCUGAUGUAACUACAAGUUACUAUAACGUUACGGUUACUAAUAGCCAGCCCUUCAGCUUUACUGACUAGUGGCUGUUGUAUGAUAGCAAUACAGAUUCAGUAUCAAACCUAACAUAGAACUAUAACUUUAUACUCUAACAAACUAACAACAGGAGGAUAAAUACGGAGCUUUUGUCAAUUUUGUCUCGCCUCUGGUUUUGCCGGUAGAAUGACUUUCAUGUGUAUCUCAUCGCCCCAUGUUACCACUUCCUGCACAAGGAACGACGACGGGCAACACGCGUCAUCCUGGUCAUGUUACCACUUCCUGCACAAGGAACGACGACGGGCAACACGCGUCAUCCUGGUCAUGUGAUCUGUAUCGUUCACUGUAAUUGGCAGCGAAGGAAUGAUAUUUCCGGCUACAUAGGUUAGUUACCAUGCCAACGUAGACAGACUCUAAUUCAUCUAUUGAGACGCUGACAUUUUUUUGACCAUUUAUUCGUUUAUUGUGCAGUUUUUGUUAAAGCAAGAUACUUUGUGACUAUUUACUUCAAAUAAACUGCCAGCAGGAUGUUUGGUUGUGAGGAACGACGUUCCAAAAACAAACGUGUGCAGAGGGCGAGAGACAGAAUCAAGAAAGAUGGCGAGAUGACUAACCGUAUUGCAGAGCUGGACAGUAUCUGUGGUGUGAUGCAAAAGGCUGAGUUUGAGGGCUCCACACAGGCUGGUUCCAUGAAGACCCUGAAGCUGAGAGAGCUGACCCAGCAGAGAGAGACUGAGCUGGGAAAGGCUGCUCUGACGAUGGUCCGUAGAGCAGCACUGCAGGCCCUCCUGGAGCAUGAGAGACAGCAGUACGUCAUAGAGCUCAACAGACUGGGCAAGACCAUCUACAAACAGAGAGUCUAGACUCUAGUCUCCACUAGACCCAUAACAACACCAACGACCAUCUACAAACAGAGAGUCUAGACUCUAGUCUCCACUAUAACAACACCAAAGACCAUCUGAAGUUUAUGCUGAAAGCCAUCUAGCAGCUAGGAUGUGUGAACAACUAUAGAAUACUUUGAAGUAUUAAUGUGAAAACAUUUACUCACAGCCAUCUACAAGCACCUUGUUUACAAUCAGACCUUUUUUUAUUUAUGUAAAUACAACGACGUAAAACUGUAAUCCUAAAGAUAAAACACAUAUUAAUGUGUGCUUUAUCUGUAGGAUUACAGUUUUACGUCGUUGUAUUUGCAUAAAUAAAAAAAGGUCUGAUCUGUACAGAAGCAGAGUGGAUAAACUGCUUCUGUAAAAGUACACUUUUAAGCAAUAAACUAAUUACUGGGC